GAGCUUCGGGGGUCCCGGCCGGCGGCGGAUGCGGAUAUACUCGGGCAAUGGUUACGGACGGCUCUCCGCCCGGCCAGGAACAAGAUCCAGGGCGGCAAGGCCGCGGACGCCAGAGCCGCGAUCUCGGAGCCCUUCGCCGACGUCGUGCGCUCGGUCGUGCGCGGGGAGCUGGAGGACUGCCUCCGCGGGCCCCUGCGAGAGCUGCUGCGGACGGAGCUCGCUGCGGCCCUGCAAGGCUCGAGUCCGGCACGGCGGGGGGCCCUCUGGCCGGCGGCGGCGGCGGCGACUCCACGGUGCCAAGCCGAUGUGGUGCCGAGGCCGUGGUGCAGACGUCAGACUCGGACGGGGACGGUCAGCAGUCCCCUCGAGCUCGGGGCGCGGAGCGCGAGGAGAGCCAGGAGGACUAUGCGGAUACCCACAUGGUCUCGUCCCUGAAGAGGCCCUCUGCCAGGCCCAGCCUCAACAGCAGCCUCGGGACCGACGACGACGCCAACCUGAGCGAGCUGCGGAGAAAGAUCAUCUCCAAGGCGAGGGCGCUGCUUGAGAGGCUGCGCCGCCGCGCGUGGUGGCUGGACGAGGAGCCGCAGCGCUCGGGGCGGCUCGCCCAGUUAAUGGAUGGCCCGGGCUUCGAGCUGCUGAUGGGCGCCGUGAUAGUCCUCAACCUCUGGUUCAUGGUCCACGACGCCAACGUCAAGAUCAGAGACCCGGCCGAUCGCAGCAUGCUGGCCGCCGACGUGGUGUUCUUGGUAAUCUACUGCUCCGAGGUGGCGCUCAAGCUCGCCGUGCACAGGGUCUGGUACUUCACGGGAGCCCACUGGAAGAUGAAUGCGCUCGACUUGUUUGUGGUCGUCUCGGAGUGCGCCGCUCUGGUGUUGGGCACUGCGCUUCGGCUGAGCUUCAUGAAAGUAUUCCGCUUUCUGAAACUCGCAAAGGUUAUCAAGGCAUUCCGGCUCAUGGACAACUUGAAAUACUUACAUGCUUUCAUGACGUGCAUCCAGGGUUCAUUCACGAGUUUCAUGUGGAGUGUGGUCAUGCUUUUCUCAGUAUACGGGGUAUUCUCGCUUUUAUUCAUGCAGGUGAUCACCACUCACAUCGACACAACAGGAGAAGCUCUAGAUGAUACCGCAUUUGGCGAGCUAUUCGGUUCGGUCGACCGUUCCGUCAAAACGCUUUUCAUGGUAACCACGGGUGGCGAUGACUGGAUUUCCACGUACGAAGUGAUUGAGGAAACAGGUCCGAUUGGGAGUUUCGUAUUCUUAGCAUUCAUUGCGUUCGUGAACUUGAAUCUGCUGAAUAUUAUAUUGGGUAUUUUUGUAGUCGGCGGAUUCGGCGAUGAAGGUUCUCUCACCAGAUUCAUACACGCUUGCCCGCGAAUACGUUCGCCGGGAGCGUCAGCACGCCGCGGAGCUCACAAGCCUCUGCAAGGCUGUGGACACCGACCGCUCAGGGAAAUUGACACAAGAGCAGUUCAUGUUGGGGUUGACUAAGCAGCGUCUCCCAAAGUUGCUCAUCAUGAUGGGGCUGCAGAAGCACCACAUCCUGGAAUUUUUCCAAUCGUUGGCCAAGGCAUCCCACGACGACGGGCAGGUUGAUAUCACAGAAUUUGUUGAAGGGUGCAUGUUACUCAAGGGGACCAGCACCAAUUUUGAUUUGCACAAGCUGCGCGCGGAAACCCAAAUCGCUCAUACCAAGAUCAUCCAUCUGUUACAGGACAUCUCUGUGCCAGGCAGGCGCGCCGCCAUCGCCGCAGCAGAGGCCCCGGGGUCGCCAUCGUCGCCAUCCCCCUGGCCGCCUCCUCCCCGCCGCCCCCAGGGCGCCGCUUAGCCUCUGCCCACGCAGGCACUCUCGCCGAUGAGCUCGAGGAGCUCCGCUAGACCCCAGGCCCGAGGCCUCGUCCACCUCCACCCCCCGCGACAAACGGGUGGUUCUGCACGGUAGCAUCGCCUCGUGUCGACCGGCGGUGCGCUGAACGCCGCCGGCGACCCAGAAUCGAUGAAUGCUCAAUGCUCUGACGUUUCGAAAUCGGCCGACCGUUCAAGGUCGGGCGAUCUGGGCGGGUCGACCGCCUCCUCCUCCACCUCCUCCUCCACCUCCUCCUCCUCCUCCUCCUCCU